CAACCGCGGAAACGGGAGUCACGGAAAAACUGAUGUACAUGUAAACGACGUGGUUAGUUGUAGCGAUUAUGGAAGUCAGUGGCACAAAAUGUUUGCGAGAAUCAAGAGUGUUGGUGUUGUAUACUGGAGGAACAAUCGGAAUGAAGAAGAUCGACGGAGGUAAAUGAAUAUGCAUCUCGGUUCAAUUUCAAAGUAUAAAUGGCCGGUUCUAAGUAAGGUCUGUUAUGUUAGCUUGUAUUGCAAAGUGGCUCUUGUUUAACUUGUUGUAUCUAGAAACGAAAUGAAAAGAUGAGGAUUCACGGAAACGUUUCUUUUUUUAUUUAGCCUAUCAUCCCAAAACAGGCUUCCUUCAGUCACAGAUCAAACGGCUUCCUAUGCUGUACGAUGAUGAAUUCAUGAAUGAACGAUCCACUUGCGAAGCAAGCGACAACUGCUCGCUAGAAGAACUUGCUAUGCCGUGAGUUUCUCGUGUAUUGUGUUUAUACUAAAGAAUUUUUUUAGUUUGUUUGAAUAUCUGUUCAAAUCUUUCACUCAGAAAGUUAGCUGGUAAAUUUCUAAACAGCCCAAACAUUAUGUUUUAUGUAUGGUUGCCCUCCUGGCUCACGCUACCCAUUGUGCGACUUGCUGUUUGUUUUGGAGAUAUAUGGAUGCAUAACUUUAAAUGAUUCGUGUGUUGUGUUAAAUACUCUUCCGCCUGGUUUUGUUUUGUUAUUUUUUCACUCAAAUGGAAAUGAUUUUUAAGAUUCCUUUUGCUGGGAUGUUGAGAAAACUGCUCAUGCAUCUGUUCUAAAAAUCAACUCUGAACACCUUCAUUUGACAGAUAAUAGUAUUGCCAGCUUAUUAAGCCCCGUCAACAACUCCCAUCACUGUUGCAUGUUGUUGGGAGUUGUUGUGCAAAUUUUGAAGUUUGAAGCAGGUCAAACUUUUAAAUCAACCAGUCCCAACAUUUCUUUUGUUUGUGUUCAGCGAAGAGUUGCACAACAAUGUUGGAUCUGUUUGCACAGCUCCUCCAACAUUUUUUAGGCCAUGCACAUGCAUUACUCAUGGUGUACAAUGUCUUAUGGCUGUAGUAACGCUGACGGCAAUAAACACCUCAAAGAAUCAACAUUACUCAACAACACUGCUUUGCAAGAUGACGGAAUAAAAUUCAUAUAAAGCACAUGGUCUUGCAGUGAACAUAUGAUGGAAGCAUCACUUCCAGUAUACUACAUCACCCCCUCCACUUUGUAAUAAGCUUCACAAUACCUUACAGCUAAUGUCCAAGGCCCAGUUUUUCGAAUGCCAGGUAGUGCUAACCCGGGGUUAUAAUUUUAAACUGGGUUUCUUUUUCUUUGUAUACAAAUGCGCUUUCUCAGAAAAAUUACUUUCUCUAGUUUUUUAGAGUAUCCAAUCAUCAAAUUGUAGGCGAAGAGAAUUAAACUGAAUCUGCUUUUUAAGCUCUCAUAUCUGAGUUCAAAUGUCACACUAACACUGGGUUGUCUUGACCCCGCUUCGAACAACCCCGCCCAGGUGUCUAUAGUGUACCCUUGGCAGCUAGCCAUUGAGUUGUCAGCCCAUCAAAAGCUCAGCAGGGCGGACAAUCAUGUCAUAUUGUGAGGUGUUGUGAGGUAGUGGAAAAGGAAAUCUUGUUCUGCUUUCUUCCAGUCUCUCCCUUGUAGAUUGGCAAUUCUUAUUAUCCUCAGUAGGGUCUGGUUACAGCGUUUUAACUCCCUGUGGCCUCUGUCCCCUUCUUAUGGUUUAUUCCCUGGUACUCCAAACAGAACAGAACAAAACAGCCACUUGUGCCAAUAAAGACAGUCUAGGGCGGCAAAAGUGGUGAUGUCACAUGAAUCGGGGUGUGUUUUUAUUUGGUGGAAUGCCAUGUUCAGGUCAAGUUUGCUGAAAACGUUUGCCUCUGAUAUCUCUUGUAUGUACUUCCCAAAGGAUCGCCAGAUUUGCCUGCCUCAUGUCUAAACAAAUCCGGAUGUCACUAUUAGGAUUUUCCAAGACUACAAAGGGGUUCAUCCAGCUAGUUUGUCCACUGACUUUCUCGAUGACCCCAAGCUCCUCCAGCUGCUUCAGUUUUUCUGACCCUUUCUCUCUCCUUCUGAGUGGAGUUUGGUUUAAUCUGUGCCAUUGAUGCAAUGCUGUCAUCCUGGUGUAACUUCAGCUGACAACCUUUUAGUCACCCUAGGCACUAAAAAAUUUUGGGAAUCUCUGCCUUUUGGUCUACAAAUUGGGCAGUUUAAAGAUUCACGUACUGUAACAGCUGUUUACAUCAAUUCCAAGUUUAUGUACUGCAAGCAUCUCUGAAGUUUUACGAUCUAGUAGCAAAGUGGCAGCAUUCCCUAGCCUGGUACUACAUAAAAUUCUGCAACUGUUGACCUGUUGGUUUGUGGCACAGUGAUUCUUAGUUUACUGCUCCAUUAGAGCUCUAGGGGUUGAAAGUGCGUUCAUGUAUACACAAUUCUAUUGCACUUUGCUAAAGCUGUUACUCCCCCAGUAAGAGAUCGACUGGCCUUCUCAAGGCGUGCCACUGCCAGUAGCCUAUGUGUAGCCGCACCCUCCCCCUGACAGAGAAGGGUGUGACUACACAUAGGCUAGCCACUGCCCAGGUCUCUUCCCAUCAUGUGUGUCCUCUUUGCGUUUGUAACAAAUAUGAGACCUUGCUAUAUUAAUGUGAAAUGUGACAUUCUAUUUUUUGACAGUAUAUCAACCCAUGGAGUCCGUGUUUUCUAUUACAUCAAGGAAUAUUGUCCCAUUAAAGACUCAUCAAACAUGACCAUCAGUGACUGGAUAGAAAUAGCUUUGGAUAUCAAAAACAAUUACGACAGCUAUGAUGGAUUUGUUGUAAUACAUGGUACUGACACAAUGGCUUACAGUGUAUCUGCUUUAUCAUUCAUGCUGGAGAAUCUUGGAAAGUCUGUUGUGUUCACUGGCUCCCAGGUAUGUGUACAGUACUCCAACUUAAUGAUAUGUUUCUGCGAAACUGCUCAUCUACCCCUCCCCUAUUUAAGUCAACACUGACACUUUCUUCUCAAAAUGUUGGCUUAGGGGAGGGGUCGGUGGGCGGUUUCCCAGAAAUGUAUAAUGAUCCCUUAAUACUGGGUACAGUAGUGAUGUGCUGCUUACAUACAUACUGUGUAAUCAAUCAUUGAUCAAACAACCUUCGCAACAUCAUGAUCCAGUGUUCUCCCUAAAUUUUGUUGCUCAACAGGUACGGGACCAUUUACGGACAGUAAGGCAAAAAAUAUGCACAGCGGUCCACUUUUCUUUGGGGAGAUGGGGGUAGCAGAGUGAGGGACAUGGCCCCACCCUAGGAGGAGCUAAGAAACAUCAUCCCCUCAUGUUAAGACCUAUUUUACGCAAAUCGGCCAUAAAGCUAUCUUUAGACAACAAUGGGCAAUUCCAGAAAAUAUCCAUACCCAACCACGGACGGCUUCCAUGUUUUAACCCCCGCUUGCCUUCGGAAAUUCCAAAAUGCGCUACCCCCCCAUGCCCUCAGAAUUCCAUAGUCGUGAACCCCCCCUCCCCUUCAGAAUUUCCGGUUUUUUUUGGAAGUACAUUUUCGACUUAGCAACGCCUAUAAGAACAAACGAACAUGAAUUUAUGCCUCCUCAAGGCUGUGAUCUAGCGGCGCCAGGUGACAAGCUUUACUCUUCAGUGACAAGAAAAACCUACGCUAGUUGCCAGGCCGUGCAAACUCCUUUUUAAGUCCGAAUUUGGCUAUAAAAAUAAACACCACUUAAGGUAAUUUUACUCCUCUUUGUUUUCUUGUGCUGCUUUGACGUUUACAAAGGAAAAUCGCUCAAACAGACUGUUAAAAUCUUUUGGCGGUCAAAUAUACCGUCGAGUCGUGUUGCGUCGUUUUAUACGUCAUGUAGUGCGCACGAAAAGCGUUCUAAUCUGACAGGCGUUCUUGGAAGUGAGGGACUGGUGCGGGUUUUUUACUGUUUAUCGGACAGUUUCGGACGGGAGUAACAAGAAAUUUGCAAGCGGUAUUAAAAGAUACAUUUUCAGUUUUUAUUCACGUGACAAGAAAUUCAUCAAGGUAAAUGUGAAACCAACGUUUUACUAUUCACUUCUAUAAGUUAUGAGCGUAAACACGUGUCUGAUCUAUCGAUGCUUGUCUUCUGCUUCCGCGGUCAUACGUUCGUGGUUUAUUUACGAACUACAAAAGUCCACAACAAUAGCGUUUUCCAGGAACUUACUCUACACUUUCUACUCCAGAAAUCCCACCUGUGAAAUUCCCCCAUACCUUCGGAUUUCAAAUCGUAAAUACCCCCCCAUGCCUUCAGAAUUCCAUAAUCGUGAAUCCCCCCUCCCCUUCGGAAAUCCUUAAAGCCGUCCGUGGUAUGGUAUGGAUAUUUUCUGGAAUCGCCCAAUUUAAAAUGUUUGAUCCCAAUAAUUUUAUUCUGUGUUCAAUGUUCUCUUUCCAAAAUACAUGGCCCAUAAAAAGAAAAGCUGUGUAUACUUAUAAUAAGUACUUUUCUGUAUAUCCAUUCAUUUCCUUUAUCAGAUUGGAAAACAACUUGCAUAUUUUUUAAAACUUCUUACUUAACUACCGUAGAGUUCCAAUAGUAGCGACCCUCAUUACUUUUGGAAUUGGCAGCCUUUGGGGCUCGCUACUUUUGGAGGGUCGUUACUUUCGGGGGCUUGUUACUUUCAGGGAACAAAAUUCGUUUACAAAUAGAGCUGGUGCGAGCUUUUUUUCCAAUAGUAUCCAUGGUUUACCGGACUACCACAUGGGUGAAUCAGCCGAUAUACUGACUCACAGGUAGAAAGCUAAACUGCUUCGAUUAUCCUGCAUAACGCACCGCUGCGUUUUAGUCUGUACCCUGUACCGGUAUCUCACUGUCAUUUAAUUGGAAGAAUUAAAUAAUAACACGUUCAUGUUAAUCGAUGAAAACUGUAUAGAGUUUUCAAUUUCAGUUUGAAGAAACAGCGCUGAAAGUUUCGUACGGGAACGUUCCUGUUGUUAAUACGAAAUUAUGCCGGUUUACGGUAGUUCUUACAUCGCUACAUCAGUGAACUGAUGUCAAGGACGAAAGGGGGCAUAAAACUUCCCCAUGUUGUAAAUUAAGGUGCCUUAUCGUGAACAUUUUGUGACACAGCACAAACAUAUUGUACAUUAAAAUUUUGACUAUUGAUUGACAAAUUAAAGGUAUACGGUAUACAAUUUAAAAAACUUGGUCUUGCUACUUCCUGGGGCGGGGGCGUCACUACUUUCGGGAGGUUGCUACUUUUGGGGGGUCGCUACUUUCGGGGGGCCGCUACUUUUGGGAUUUACUAGCGGCCACAAAAAAUUGACGUUAUUUUCGGGGGGUUGCUAUCGGAACUUUACGGUAAAUUUAGUAAACCUUCAAGAAGUUGCAGGCAGUAAGAAGCGUGGCUUCAGGCGGUAAAUCUUACCGGUUACCACCUGAUAAGGAGAACGCUGCAAUCAAUAGUAAAAAAUGUUAAAUUGUGUGCCCUAGAAAAUACACUGUACUCAAGAAAAAAUUUAUUGUUGGCAAAUGAAAAUAAUUAAACUUGUGAGCUGCCUUGCUAUUGGACUCAUAAUAAAAUUACAACUGCAAUCUAUUGAUGAUCUUUUUCUGUUUGCACUUUUUGUCACUUUCUGUAGUUUUCAUUACUGUCACUUGCACACAGGAAGAACAUGUUGUUAUUCUAGAGGGCAUUUUCCAGUAAUGAUUUGUAUAUCGGUAUAGGGGUGGAUCCAGGAUUUUUCUUCGUAGUUACUAAAACAUGGAACGACCUAAAACCACCUAAAACCACCUACAACCACCUCAAAAAAAUCAACAACCUCCUACAACCAUCUACAACCACCUCAAAAACAUCUACAACCACUCGCAAACAAUCUAAAACCAUCUAAAACAGGGUAUAAAUGUCUGAAAUAAGGCGAGACGACAACAUGUCACGAACAUGAAAUACGAGAAUCGAACAAAACAUCCACCUCCCCCUAAAAUCUUACUCUCCCUGGUCCCUUGUAUCAUCAACCAUUGGCUUAAGUCACGAAAUGAAAUGCGAGAUCAUGGUAAGUAUAUUAAAAGACUUAAAGAACUUAACAAAAUGAACUAUCGAGUCAUAAAAACUAAUAAAAUAAAAUAACAAACUCGUAGUCGAAAGACUGACUUGAUUUGGCUUUUUCUACCCUGGGUACCAGUGAGACGUUUUGGUUCACGUUUCAUUUGUUUACGCAAUGGCACAAGGUAGGGUUUCUCUCUCUCUCGGAGUCUGCUUCACUGAUGUUUUGUUCCGAGGUGGCGGAUUACAUUCCUAAGAACAAGUUAAUUUUUUUAGCAUCUCAUCCGCCAAACAUGUUUGUACAUUCCAGGUGACUCCUUUAGAUGAACCCUAGCGUCUUUCACACCCGUUUCCUGUGUCAUCACGCAAGGCUAAACUCCCUUGCGUCACGACACAGGAAACGGAGACUAGUAGGUGUAAUCAGUGUUAAAAAUGUUAUUUAAAAAAAUCUAUAAUGCAAUGGGCUCAGAAGAAAACAAGUUAAGACGAGCCGAAAUUAAUAAAAAUGGGUUGAAAAAUUUUAAUAGUGAACUAUUUAAAGUAAUUUACCUGGAUUUUUAUAUACCUUUAUUAUAAUGAUUUGGAACCCAACUUUCACCCCGGCCCUCUUCUUGGGAGUGAUGGGAUAUGCGCGCUUCUUAAUUUAUACCCUGUUUUAGACGGUUUUAGAUUGUUUGCGAGUGGUUGUAGAUGUUUUUGAGGUGGUUGUAGAUGGUUGUAGGUGGUUGUUGAUUUUUUUGAGGUGGUUGUAGGUGGUUUUAGGUGGUUGUAGAUGGUUUUAGGUGGUUUUAGGUCGUUCCAUGUUUUAGUAACUACGGAUUUUUCUUAGGGGAGGGUGCACUACUAUUGCAUGGCGUAACUGACUGGGACAUGAUGUGCCAAACUACUAUUUUUACGGUGUUUAACAUUAAUUCUUCAACCUCAUCUCAUGUUUUACUUCGACACCAAUAUACCACAUAGCUUUUUUGCAGAAAUACCAGUUGUAUCAGAAAGCCACAGUCACCUAUUUUUCUCUGACAAUAAUAUGAUGGUUUUUGUUAAAAUAAUGUGUGUGCUGGUACUGUACAUUUUUAGGUACCAAUAUAUGAGCAGCGAAAUGAUGGUCGUGAUAACCUCCUCGGUGCACUAGUUAUUGCAGGACACUACAUUAUCCCUGAGGUUAGUACAGUACAAGUUCUUGGAAAGAGACCUCUUGACAACACAGGGCUGUCAUUAAGAGGCAGGAGAUUUCCCCCGGCUACUAAGAGUGUGGCCCCUGGCUGUUUUUAUUUGAAAAUAGAAGAAAAAAUAGAAACCAAAAGAAAUCCCUAGCUGUUUUAUUCCCCGCCUACUUGUUGUAUUUACUCAACAAGAGGCAAUCUUAGUGCCAACCCUGCAACAACAGCUGGAUCGGACCUGAUAAUUUUGAUUAACCUCACUAACUCACAAUGAUAAAAAAUGGUUACGGAUGAUGUUACAGGGAGUUGUCUGAUCCAGUCUGAUCCAGGGUUUGUCAACUGAGCCCUUGUAGUGAUUGUGUGUGUGAUUCAAAAUUUCUUUUUCACUCUAGCUCAUGCUAUUAAAGAGGAUUAUUUAGAAACAUGCUUAUUAGAGGAUUAUCAUUAAAUGUGCAUUUUGUUUUUUAACUUUAUUAAAAGGUGAGUCUUUAUUUUGCGGGAUGCUUGUACCGAGGAAACCGCUCUACUAAAGUUAGUGCUGGAAGCUUUGAUGCUUUUGAUUCCCCAAAUCUUCCUCCAUUGGUGACCAUGAAGGUUAAAAUUGAAGGUAAGAACUGUUAUGUUAGCUUGUACCAUGAAGUGAAGAAUGACCGGCCUUAACCUACCAUUUUUUCUAUAAUACGUGUAAGUUGUUUUCAUCUUCAAUGAUCAGUCAGUGAACAACAUAGAUGUAAAUGACAUCACAACAAGCUUUAUUGGUUUAGUGAUAUGAUAUCUCUCGCCUUAAGCUUUUCUGAUUCGCUAGUUUCAUUUCCUUAGACAACGCCUAUUUUUACGUAGAAAACGCAUGGUCUCUUAAGUUUAGCUUUAGUUGGAUUUCAUCGUCUCCAUGUGUACAUCGUUGUAGUCUAUUUGGAUAGUUCAUUUUUGGUACUUAGAGGCAAGCGGGAACCGAUAUGUAAGUACAUUUUAUCUUCUGUAGUUUUAUCUAUCUGGCGACUCGUAAAGUUUAUUCCUGCAAGAAGUUAUUGUAAUACUCAGUAUCUCGUACCAUCACGUGAGUACGCCUUUUUGAGUUUCAAGUAGGUUUUUACCUUUUAGUUCGGCGUGAGAAUCUCAUUUCUUUUAGUUUAUUUAGUUUUCGUGCCUUUGCAAACGUAGUCCGUUGUCAGAUUUAUUUUGUUAGUUUCUUAGUAUCGUAUUAUUCGCAGGAAGCAACCAUUAUUGUUUUUGGGAAGGUUUCUUUACUCCUGCGUACCCAAACUUAGUUGCUUUUAUCCCUUUCAUGAAGUAUAUUUAGUCUAAUAUUCUAGUUGGUAAAUUUAUUAUUCCUGUACUCCGAUAAGUAUAUUUCUUUUGUCUUAUUACGCGUUUUUGGCAAGGUUUUUAUACCGGAACAGCUACGAAAAUGAAAAUAUGAUUGGAAUGUCAGUAAAAUGUUAUAUUAUCUGCUAGCCAAACUAUAAUUGUAAUUGUACUUUAGCUUUUAGUAAUUAUUUGUUACGUUGCAUUAUAUUUCAGUUUAUGGUUCGAUUAUCGUCAAUAAAAUCACCAUCAAGGACUAGCUCCUAGUUUCGUGAUCAUAGUUGAUUCAUGAUCGACCAGUAAAAUAUACCCGCUCACACGGAGUUUCGCCGCCACAAAUAGUUUUUAGCCGCGUGACAAUUGGCUUCUCCUACAGUCGCAGCGUAUCAUCCGUUACAAUAGAGUUGUUGCUCUGGACAGCUCUGAGCCCUGACUUUCUUACAUUCAUUAUUUUUCCAUCUUAACUAUAGAUCCUUUUUAAUAUUCCUAUUGAUACUUGAUUGCAAAGACCUCCCUGAGGUAGAAAUUAAUGGGUUUCCUAAGUUGUACCUUAUUCUUACUAAUUUUUGCAAGUAUAAAAUUUCGAGAUUUUUGCAAUUUUAAAAAAUUCGUGAAAUUUAAUACGUCGCACAAACAAAGGAUUGCGUGAAAUUUAAACAUACAAAAUUUAAUACCAUUUUCAAAAACAAAACUAUAGGAGUUUUAAAAAUGUUCUGAGUCUGGGUGUUUUUUUGAACUGUGCACACUUACUGAACAUCUCAAGUUGCGUUUUAAGCACUGACCUGUAUGAUAUACAUUGCAUGGACUGGGUACACAGCAAGCAGUUAUGUUUUGUCGUGUUCAAAAGGUUCUUUGUAGAGCAGUUGUAAGUUAAUGAUGUUUCUUUGAAAAAGUAUAUAUCAUAAUAUGUUAUACUGAUUUGUGGCAAGUACCCUCUGCUCAGGAUGCUAUUUCAUAGACAUGAUCAAGUCUGAAUAUGCAGUGGCGAAUCCAGGGGAAGGGACCUUAUUUUUAGACCAAACUGAGGCCCAAAGGGCCGAAAAAAAUUUUUGAGACCCCCCAUUAGGAUAGGAUAGGAUAGGAUAAAAUAAGUGCUUUAUUAUCAACAGAGCGCCAACAGACACAUGUGUUUACAACGAUAACGAAGAUUUUCGUGCAAUAAUUACAGAGGUGUACAUUUGUAAAAUUUAUACAACUAUUAAACAAGGUUAUAUUUAACGCGUCUAUGUCUUUCGCGGAAGGGAUCAUAUACGUAUUUAGCCACAAUUUUUUGUCUUUUCUCUCCUUGCUUCAUACUUAUCAACGUUGUAAAGGCAGAGCUUGGAGUCAUAGAGUCAAGAAUAAGAUUAGUUUCCUUUUUUAGCGUAUUGAACAGCUCUCUCCUAGGAUCCCUAUAGGCUAUGCAAUUCAUCAAAAACUGCUCCUCGUCUUCUAAUCCAGUUUUACACAAUGGACAGAUUCUUUGGUCUGGUGGUUGAUAGGGUUUAACGUAUCGUCCAGUUUCAAUUGCUAGUUUGUGGUUGCUUAAUCUUAGCUUUGUGAUUGCUACUCUAUGAUUGAUGUUUCUUACAUUUGUGAGGUAAUUUUCAUAGUCAUGGGUAAGUUUAAAUUUCCUAAAAGUUCUUAGUUUGUUUUUUUGAUGCGGGUCCUUUCGUUCAUCAUUGUGUAUUUUGCUAAUCCAUGUUUGCUGUUCUAUGUCUAAGAGUCUCUGUCGUAUAUAGUUCAUGAUUGCGGGAUUGUUAGUUUUUGCUGACCAUAUGUCGCCAAGACCUGCGAGAUUCAAUUGUCGUUUUCAUUAUCUAAGGGUCUGGAUGACCAGGCCCCACUUACCUGGAGUGGUCUGGAUCCACCACUGAUAUUUAAUAUCACUUUGAAUUUAUUGUUUUCUUGCAGUUCAAUGGGAUGCAAUAUUCCGUUCAAACAACAGUAAAAAAUUCACCGUUCACACCAACAUGAAUCCUAACAUCGGCUUGUUGCGGCUGUUUCCUGGCAUUACAGCUGAAACUGUGAGUGAAAAUUAAACAUUUAGUGUCCCUGAAGUAAGCAUUUCUGUAUUUUCUGAGGAGAGUCAUUAGCCAAACCAAUCUCAAAUAAUAAAUGGCUGCAGGUCCAAUGCAAUAUACUGCAGUCCUGUAUUUUGGAUUCUGCCAUCUGAUCUCCAAAAUAGGAGGACUGCAGAAAGACCACACUUGAAGUGGUCUGUACCAGUCACAUGGUCUGGUCAGUGUCCUCAGGUCUAUCUGCGCUCAUAGCUUCAUUAUCCUUGAAAUGCUAUUUAUAGAUAAGGUACCCAAAAUUCCUUAAUUUAUCUCCAACCAACAACUAUUAGUAUUCACAAAAUCAGUGGAUAGUAAUUUUUUGUGCAUUCUGAUUGGCUUCCAUAAUUCGGAAUAUCGUUGGAUAUUCACUGUUUUGGGAUGGGAUUCAAAAUGGCUUCUCGUUUCACGACAGUUUUGAAAGAUGAAAUUUUAGUGGUUAAUGAAGCAGCUGCAACAAAAAAUACCAAGAAAGGGAAAAAAUUUGGCUUAUUGGCGUUUACUGGUAGAAAAAAAUUUUCUUACUGAAUUUGCAACAAAAUCGUAAAAAAUGAUCCCUGAAACACUGUCAAUUGCCACACAAAUAAACUCUAACUAAGUGACAUCUUUUACUUAGAAAAAGUUCCUUUUUCAUUUUUAUACAACUGGUUUGGUAAAUACUAAAACAACUAUCGCCAUCAGGGUCUGUUCAUUGUGCUAGAUAUAUACCUCGAUGCUUCAUGUCUUGGUAUAUUACCCACCACUACAGGGGCAGAUCUAGGGGGAGGGUGCAGGGGGUGCGCACCCCCCUGCCACCCCUGAGAUGACCUGCGGUUUUCUAAUACAACUGGUAUUUCUGCAGAAAAAAAAGACUAUGUGGUUUAUUGGUGUUGAAGUAGAGCAAGAGAUGAGUGCACCCCCUCCAAAAAAAUAUCCUGGAUCCGGUCCUGCACUAUUCAUCUCCCCUUCUGGGGAUAGUUGUAUAUUAUCAGGAACGUUUUAGUUCUUCAUGCUUGUGAUCUCUCUUUUAAUCUCUGAUCUCCUUUUUUGUCCCGAAGCAGACUGAACUGCCCUUUAUAGCCGUCAUUCCCAUACCAUAAAUGACCUAAUAAAAGCCCACUUCAAAAUAAGCGCCUCUCAUCUAAUAAAAUUAAUGCCCCCUUUACACGGUUAAAAUUUUAUUAGACACCCCUCUCUAAUGAGCAAGGAUUCUGACAUCAAUGUUGGGAUUUCAAAGAGUGAUAUAAUUCACUAGAAGGCCUAGACGUAUCAAUUGAUGGAGUGGACAUUGCACUAUUUUUAAACCCUCUUGAUAUUUUCACCGAAUUAGUUUUGCUAAGAUACAGUAACUAGAAUAAAACGCCUCUCUCUUUCAAACGUCUUCUAUCUAUUUCAUGUCCCCACUUGGAACCCUAAAAUAAAAUAGACACCCCGGGCAGUUAUAAGGUCAUUUACAGUAUGCAUUUUGCUUGAUUAUCCCCCACUGUCCUUCCUCCCCUGGGGUUGAAGUGUGGGUGUAUGUGGGAGGAGCCUGCAGUAUGAAUAGAAGGCCAUAUAUAUUUUCUAGUAUUUGUUUUAUUCAUUUAACAGGUGCAUGCAUUUCUCAAGAGCCCCAUGAUGGGCGUGGUCUUGCAGACUUAUGGGACUGGCAAUGCUCCAAAUAAUCGUGAUGACUUGAUUACUGAAAUAAAGAAAGCUACCAAGCGUGGUGUCAUCAUUAUAAACUGCACACAAUGUCUUCAUGGACCUGUUGUUGAUCAGUAUGCCACAGGAAAGGUUAGUUUAAAAAUAAUACAAGUUUUUUUGGUAGCAUUUGUGCAUGUAAAUGUAAAUUUUACAGACAGUAAGUGACAAAUGAAGGGUGCACGUUAUUUAACUUUCCUUCCUAAAUUCCUCGCACUUGUGUGGGAAACAAAAUUAUUCUACGUAACAUCAUGUAGAAGCCGUGGAUCAGAAGUCUGGUUCAAACCCCAAAACCCUCAAUGGCAAAAAAGACAUUUUUUUAGAACAACCUGUAUCAUAAAUUUGUUGAUGUACAGUGUAGCUUACCUAGUCCUAAGCCUUGUCUGUGUACGGCGUUUUCCCAGUCCCCAUCGGUCAAUUCAUUUUUGCUUGGAUCACGUGACCCGAACGGAAGUAACGAGGCCUAGGGACUAGGCAACAGUGUAGCAAAUAUAACCACUGUCAAAUCAAAUAGGAGUGUAAUAAAAGUGAAGGAGAUAGUUACAAAUGAUAACUUGUAUCCAUCUUUAAACAAAUUCGUGUUAUUAAGUGGAGGAUGAACGGCUUUUUGACACCAAAACAGGGGGGGCUUUCCGCAGUUUAGGGUCGUUGGUGAAAAAAGCAAGUUAUAACACGGUUUCAGUGCAAGUUAUAGCUAAUUGUAUUUCUUUUCCAGAUUCUAUUAGAUGCGGGAGUGAUUCCUGGCUCGGAUAUGACCCCUGAAGCAGCUCUGACAAAACUGUCCUACGUGCUGGGAAAGACAGAUUUGAGCUUAAACCAAAAGCAAGAGGUAUAACCCUAUGGUUUUAUGGUGAUUUUACACGGGACGAUUCACAACGACGAUUUUUACCGCAACACAGCGUUGCAACAUUGUUGCGACAUUGUUUCGAAUAGUUCCAACAUUGUUCCAACAUUGUUCCAACAUUGCAACGAUGUGUUGCGCUGAAAAUCGUCGUUGCGGAUCGUGUAACAUCACCUUUAUGCUUGAAGAUUUUGAAAUCGAAAUAAGAAUGGAAGAAGAACAAAUACAGAAAGCAUUCAGUGAUCUGUAAUUUAAUCCUGAGGGGGCCUUUCUUUAUAUGGGCUUUCUUAAUAAUAUAGGUACAGUCAAACUCAGCUUUACCGACACCUACUUAAUAUGGACACCUAAUCAUUACGGACAGUUGUUUUGUCCCUGGGAAAAGAAAGCCCUUUCCUUCUCUCUAAAUUCAUCCCGCGUAAUACGGACACGACGUUAACAUGGACACUCUCUAUGGCCCCGUUAGUGUCCCUAUUAACGGGGUGUUGUUGCUGCGGAGCGACCGAAGGGAGCGAGCAGCAACGUAAUCAGUAGACUGCGAGCAGUCUCUCUUUUUCUUCCACGCGCGUGGCCAUUUGCGUGUCUCGCGUUUUGCUCGAUGGACUACAGAAAAAAGAGAGACUGCUCGUAGUCUACGUAAUCAGGAUUUGAAGGAAAUAUAUAAGGGGCGACGAAUUCUCGAAUUCAUCACUUUUUACAACAAUGCAUUGCAUUUAACCAGAGUGCAUUGCGCCACGAACAACUCAAAGAAAAACACGGGGAAGUUCGGUGGGUGAGAGAGUGCAUCGUUCGCUGCUCAGACUUAGAGUUUUCUUUGUGGCAAAUUUUCUACAGCACGGUUAGAGGUCUUACCAAAUUUUAAGACACGCAGGAGUCUUUCAGAUGAGUACGAUGGUUAACUUGGGGAUUGGAUUUCAAUUCAAGAGCCUUUUUUGACUCGUCCAGGUGUUAAACCUGACGAGAAGAUGAGCAUUUGCUCUUCGACUCCGCAACACGGGGGAUAUACAAAUUCCAGCUUGCUAGAAGGUGAUGUGAAAGUGAGAAAAUGUCAUGCAGUGCUAUUCUUAAGAAACUGUAUGAGCCGAAAAUGGAUGUGAUUUUGACCAUUCGCUUCAAGACCUUCAAAAUAACAGCGGAAAUCGAGAUAACAAAACCUAUGUUUUGUGUCCUACUGUGCAGACAGGGACGUGUAUCGGCGGUUUGAAAAGCAUAAUUAUGUUCUUUCAUUCUUUCAUUACCAUGGAAUAUGCGUUUACAUUGUUUUUUCACUGUUAAUAGCUCGGUUAAUGCGGCUGGCGAUCAUCUUGCCGGCGGAAGUUUCAUGGAAAAGGAAUAAAAUCUAGACUUUUCCUAAAAUUUACGUAAUCAGCCUCUGUGGUGUAGUGGUGAGGUGUAGUCGCGCCGAGCCGAAGGCGCAGGGUUCGAGUCCUACCGAAUUCUUUAUUCCUUCCUUCUUUUUUUUUCCGUUUUUUGUGUUGUUGUUUUCUAUAAAUAUAUAGCUAAAUAACUGUUACUUAAUAAAGUGCAACGCAGCAAGAAAAGUAUUGUGUUUCCAGAGAAAAUAUCGUGCACCGUAUAUUAAAUAUAUGGAUAAACAAUCUGAAUUUCUAUUAUUUCCUACAAUUUACUGUGGGGAAAACCAGAGUUAUAACCACUUGAUCAUUUUCUAAACAACGUUCCCACGAGUUCUUUCUAUAGACUGAUAGAAAAUAUUCUAGUACUUUCCAACAUUUAAAUAGGACAUUCAAUGUCAUUUUCGAUUCUUUAAAGUCUUGCUGCCUAACUAAUGCCAGUAUCAACAGAAUGUGCCGCAGCAUUACUAUCUUUUAGAUACCCUAGUUUAUAUGUGCAACACCUAAGGGCAUAGUUUUUGACCCCUAUACAACUGUAGGUCGAUUUUAACAGUUGAGGUCUAGAUUAUGGUAGAAGAUUUUGCGUUCUGUAAUUUUCUGUAUCGAUAAAUUCGUGUGCGUCUUUGUCUCACGCGAGGGAGAUAAAACAGAAAGUCGGCCAAUUUGUUUCAAAUUUAAUUGGCCUAUUAGGGCCGAAUUAAGGUGGCUAAACACGGAUAAGCAGGAGGUCAGGGGCAACUCGCGUCACGGCGCGUGUUUUAAAUGAGACGAACAAACAUGGCGGCGAAAAAAGCAAUUAUAGUACACAGAAGACGAUUUCUCAAAAUCUACUCAUUAAAUUUUGUAAUAUUGGGCAGAAUUUUUACUUUUAUCGUAUUUUAAAUAAUGAGGACUUUAAAAUGGAAGUUGAACAGACGAAUUUUGUGACACAUUUAAUAAUUACAGUACAAUUAUAUUAUUGAUUAUCUAAAAACCCGUCUGUUAAAAUUUGGUCAAAUAAAUUUCAAAUGGUAAUGAUUAAUUAUAGUAAGCUGUGUGCAAGUUUAUAGGAAAAUCUAAUGAGUGAAUUUAAUGUCAACUGGGCAAAAGAGAAAUUUUAAGGUUGUAUUCAAUCGUUCAUGUUGCCAUGAAAACUACGAAAACGUCACAUUUUACCUGUCAAUCAAAAUCUUUCAUCAGUAUAUUUCUCACUUGCCAAGUUUCAGCUUGUGAGCUACAACCUUUCUCUUGCCAUGAUUUGGCAAAUGACAUAUACUCACAAACUGCCAAAACUGUGUUCAGCCGCCUUAAUCUUCGUCCCGGAGGUGUAUUACAUUUAACCCACCGAUUAGAGUCAGAUUAGCGCCAAUCGGGCUUUGAGCAACGCAAUCUAAGCGUGGAUUAGAUUUUAAUCGCCGAUUAGCAUAUUUAAUCGUGGAUUAGCGCUACUCGGGGUUUCGAACAACCGGGCGUUUCGUAUCUAUCAGAGAUAUCUAUCCACAACUCAUCUUGUUCCUUGCUAUGCAUGCAACGUUGUUAUGAUUUGAUUCCUUUCAAUGUGAUUUUAAAUCACCUUUGAUUUUAUGGUUCAUUUUAUAGUUGAUUCGAAAUAACAUCAGAGGAGAACUCACCGUGGCCCAUACAAAGGAGCAGUUUUCUCUCAAGGAUAACUCAUUUAUUGAGGCUGUCGCUUCAUCACUGAAAAUCAGCUCCAGCAAGGUGAGACUAAAUUGAGUGGCGCCCGCAAGAAGUUUACUUUCCAAGUUAAUAAUAGCCUACGUGUACCGCUAUUCCAAUAAGCGCCGCGGCGCUAAUUUAGGUAUUUACAAAUAAACGCCCCGCCUUUGUUACGGCGCUUGAUAUAAGAGAUGUCAAAACCAUAUCGCUAGAGGAAUAAGACCACGACCAACUCUCUCUCUCUCUAAAUUCCCCUCAGUGUUUUACCCGUAGUUGAAACAAGCGCUGCACCUUUAACAGGGAAAAUGAAAUGAGCGCCGUGGCGUUUAAUCGAUAAUUUACAAUAGCUGCAACCUCCUACGACGAAAGAAAAACGGAGAGGGAGGGACAGGUGAAAUGGAGUAAGCUCGGAGUAAGCUCCAUAACAGAAAACGAUUUCGGGUGACGAACGAUACAAGAUCCGUGUUUUAUUCUUUAGAUUUAAUUUUGAAUAUUUGCCUGGACUUACUCGUUUCGUCAAAAUCGCGCGACUUGUCAUUACGGGACAGCCAAGCUCGCCAGUUUAGCUGAGAUUCCGGUAUCAAGAUGACUUGAUAUUAAAAUGAAAGUCAUCUAGGCAAAUCUACCCUGGGUGCCAGAGGUUUUUCUCGAGUGGGGUGGGAAUUUUCGGUGUUGGCCGAAGGCCGACACAUCGAAGCCGGAAACAGGAAACCGGGCUAGAAAAGUCUCUGGCACCCAGGGUAAGGUAAAUCAAGCCAGCCCAGCUUAUGUAAUCAGGUCCUCAUUGUAAACUUCUGAGAAACUUACAAAGCAAUUAAUAAAGAUUUUCUCGUCUGUUUUUAGGAAAUGGAAUUUGUGAGGCAAGCGUUACUUCCAGUGCUCAUGAGCUGUGCAGCAAGUUCCGGGAAUGUAGAAACACUGGAAGAGUUAGUCAAUCAGGUAGAGCUUUUCUAUAAAGACUAUGCAGCAGCCCUUAAGUUUUCCUCCUUCAGGGCGUCGCCGCUGGCGUGUUUCGCGUACCACUCCCUAACUUUAAAGAAAGGAUAUAGAUUACUCACUCUCAUUGUAUUCUUUAUUCCUUUUGGAUCAAUUUAGGCUUCUGAGAAACUACCCACCCGCCCCUCCCAUAAUUCAACAUUAACACUUGCUUCUGACUUGGGGCAAAAUGUUGGCUUAGGGGAGGGGUAGGUGGGCAGUUUCCCAGAAAAACUUAUAUUGAUCCUUCCUUUCAUCAAGUGGUCAGGAGACACAGGGAAUCGUUUCGCUUCCACAGUUGGUCGAAGACCGAUUAGCGCUAAUCCGUUGUAAAUUUUGAUCUGGGUCUCUUUUUCUUUCGUUCAAAAGCAUUUUCUAGGAUAAUUUUCCUGAUUCUUUUUGGAGAUUGUAGGUAAAAAGGAUAACACAGAAUUCGCUUGCGUAGCUCUAUCGCAUUAAAUUUGUGCAAGCAGGAUUGAUUUGAGUUUCGGUAAACUUGAAAAGUUCACAGCUCGCUUUAAGCUUCUUGCCAUACAUUGAUGGAGGUGGAAACUAAAGCAAUCGAAAAUGGAAACUUAAAAAUAAUCCUAAAUAAAUCGAUUUAAUCCUAAACUUCACAUGACAUACACGACCUGUAUUUUACUGAAGGUUUCUUGAACACGUACACUGUAAAUGUGACGGGGAAGUGCUGUAAUGUAUGAACCAUAAGGUUCAAUCAAUAUAAAGGUCAGUUAUUGUGCAUCGAGGUAAAUCUCUUUAACAAAUAACCAUUUAAGUUUGUGUGAUAAGCACUAUGACCCAGGAUAGAUGAAAUCAAGCUUACGAGUUAUAAUGUAUUUCAAGGUGCGUUUAGAUCAGCCUUCAGCUACCCAAGGACUGUGAAUAGUGUUUCGCAAUAGUUUAGCCUAAAAUUUCGGAGGGGUAACUAACAGGAUAAUUGUCUUCCAUGAAAAUACGUUAGUCACGGGUGAGACAAAUAGCUAUUUUCAACUUAUAUUGCGGUAAAAAAUGUGUUUUCGAUCGUUUGAUCUGUUAACUUUUUCUAAAGUAUGUUCCGAUAAAUUCAACAUGUGAGUAAUCAAAUGUUUAAACUUUUCGAGGUCGGAAAAUGCGAACAGCUAAUUCCUUUAAGUUGAAGAAAAAUAACUAGAAACGAAAGGAAAAAAUCUUGAAACAUAACAUUUUUAUCUCGUAGCAUAAUGCGUUUUUGUUUCGACCAUUAUUUUAGAAUAAGAUUAUCAUCUAUAAAUUUUAUACUUUCAGUUCGAUCGGGAUAGGUUUUAAUGGGUUAAUCCCUUUUCUAAUAAGCUGUUGGCUGUCUGUUAUAGUACACUUCUCGUUUUCAACCAACACAGGUUUUAUGGCAGCCCAGGGAAGUCGGCCUUUCGGCGAGUCUAUUUCCUUCUGAAGGAAAAUUCCCCCGAGCUUACUGGGAGACCAAUAUUUCCAGUUUACUCCUCUAAUUGUUUACAUCUUAGAUAUUUCACAAGAGUGUUACGAUAAUGCGUGGAUUCUAACGUCGUAGUUAUAAAAUCUGUGUCUGGUUUUUAUCGCUAGGGUGCAGACGUCAACGCCUCUACAAACUACGAUGGACGGACACCCCUUCAUAUAGCAUGCAUGGAAGGUAACACUGAAGCUGUCAAAUUUCUCUUGGAACAUGGUGCAUCAACACAAGUGAAAGAUCGAUUUAAGAGUUCCCCUCUAGAUGACGCCAUCAAAUUUAGACACAAGGAGAUCGUGAAAAUACUUAGAAAGGCCGGCGCCCAUCUGAUGAAAACAUCUAUUGAGACAGCGGUGGAAUUAUGUAGGCUGGCCGCGAAGAAUCGCGUGGAGGACUUGCACAUGUGGCAGCUAGCUAACGUGGAUUUUAACUGCUGUGAUUAUGACAAAAGAACACCCCUUCAUGUGGUAAGUUCAACAGCUACUGGUAGUAGUUUAUGUAGACGGUGUGACGCGCAAGAAAAAAUAGAAAACUGCAACUUUCACAAAUCGCGGGAAACUUUGCAACUGUUGGGUAGCGUAAAAAUGGUAAAAUUGUACAUUGUUAUUUGUUUACCGACGAAACACUUAGUAGUUUUUAAGAUUUCGUUUUAAUGUAUCUAUGCGUUCAAAUUCGCUUAGGAACUCGGAAGUGUUGGUUUUUCAGGAGAGGUAAAAAAACGCGCAGUACCAGGAGAAAAAUCUCUGGAAAUAAGGGAGAGAACCGACAACAAACUCAAGCCACAUAUGGUGUCGACACCGAGAUAUGAACCCGAGCCACAUUAGUGGGAGGCAACUGCUCUCACCACUUCCCCACCCUUCCUCUUCCAGAAAAAUGCAGUUUGUUGUCAAGCAGAGAAAGACUUGAGAUAUUUAAUGCAAGUUCUAUGGUAAAGGUGGGGCAAAACGAGCAACAAGAAACGGGCAACUUGUUUUGCGACUUUGCUGUAAAACGAGUUGAAUAGCGAUGUUGCGCGUUUUUCCACCCACAUCAAACCUCUCUUGCAACAAAUCAGCUUGUUAACAGGUUUGAACAUGGGUGGUAAAACGCGCAGCAUCGCUAUUGAACUCGUCUUGCAGCAAUGUUGCAAAACAAGUUGCUCGUUUUUUGUUGCCCGUUUUUCCGCACCUUUAAGGAAAGUACACGUUGUAUUCGCAACAUAUCGUUUCAAGGGCGGGAAAAUCAGCCGCUAAUGCCACGGUCGCGAAAACGGCAACUGUUGCCUUGGGCAACUCAAUGGGUAACCGAUUCAAAUGGCAGAAAGAGAGGGGCAACUCCAAACGCGAGAAAAGCAGGUACUUCGUGUUACGAAAACAGCAUAUUCCCUGAUGGAAACAGUACCUAGAAAUCCCCAGUUUUUCCAAUUUUCACUGAUACUUUUUCGUCACUUUCGAGUUCCUCAACGUUUGUAACUCUCAUCGGCUUUUUUUGAAACUUAAUUCUAUCAUUAUUUCAGUUCUAUUGUUUCUUUUAUUUGUAUACUAUGGCUGACAGCUGCAGUUCACGAGUUGACGAGUUUUCUUUCUUUUCAGGCCGUUUGUCGUAACAAUGUGGAGACAGUAGCAUUCUUACUAGAGCAUCGAGUUGAUCCGUAUUUACGCGACGUUUUCGGCAAUACGCCUUUGGACAAUGCCAAUUGUUAUGAGCUUGAGAACAUCGUCAACAUGUUGGAGGAAUUCUCUGCUGACAAACAAUCUCGCGAUCUCUCUGUUUCAUGAACAAAGACGAUGGAAUAUGCGCCGAACCGCGAGAUAAGUUUGCUGUUUUGAAAGAUUUCCAGUAGAAGGGGAUACAAAUAAACUCGAUUCCUCACUGAGAAAGCUUUUAAGCUAUACUCAAGAUUACUCUUAGGUGUAAAUUUUUAUUUAAUUUUAAGGGUCACAAAACUGAAAAAAAGGGCUGACCAGUUUUCACAGUAGAGCUAUCACACUUAGACCCUGUUUACAUGGAGUAGGG